AUGCAUGAAAAAAUAACAAGAAUCAAUCAAUGGAGUAUGGCCUCGAGUCCUAUAACUUCAUUUACUUUCCCAAGUUUAGUUACAUUUGUUGCUAAUUCCAUGUUUUAUUUGUGCACAUCAUUAGAAACAGUAAACUUGACUCCGAGCAUUACUUUAAUUCAAGAUGGCGCAUUUAUGUAUUGUACUAGUCUCAAAAAUAUUGAAUUGCCAUCAAAACUACGAGAAAUCGGGAAAAUUGCCUUUUCAAAUUGUUAUAGUUUGACUCAUAUUUCUAUUCCAGAAUCAUUGGAUUCUCUGGGUGAUGGCGCAUUUAGUUCAAUAGAGAAUAUAGUUAUUGACUCACAGAAUCCGAAAAUUUUUGUUGAUGGUUAUAGCAUGUACACUGAUAAUAAUCAAACAUUAUUUAUUUAUCUAGGGUCAAAUCAAAACUCAAUUCUUAGAAUUAAGUCUGAAUGCAAUUAUAUAGCUGCGAAAACAUUAUUUUGGAAAAAAAUCAAAUCUGUAUACUUUGAAAAUAAUGAUAAUAUGACAAUAGGAUCAGCUGCAUUUGCUAAUUCAUUCAUUCAAUCAAUAGAAUUGCCUCCUGGCUUAAAGAAAAUAGAAGAGCAAGCAUUUGCAGCAUGUCAAAAUCUCGAGAACGUGACAUUCUUAGGUAAUCAGCUGAAAUCAAUUCCAGAUUCUUGUUUCAAAGGUGCUUUCAAUCUUAAAUAUAUUACCCUUCCGAAAUCAAUAGAGAGCAUUGGAAAUUAUGCAUUUCAAUCAUGCACAAAUCUUAAAGAUCUCGGAAUUGCAACACUUAAUUCAUUAACUAGUAUCGGAAUGUCAGCAUUCGUGUGGAGCGGUCUCACUUCAGUCAGACUUUCAGACUCAGUUAGAACUGUUGGUUCAGCCGCAUUCAAUGCAAGCAAAAUCACUGAUUUAUCAAUUUGCUGCAACAUUUCACAGAUUAUGUGCCAAUAUUGCUCUUCUCUGACAACCCUCGAACUUAGGGAAGGUGUUUGCGAGAUCAAUAUUUAUGCAUUUAAAGGAUGCAAUUCUCUGACUGGGUUCACUAUUCCUCGAUCUCUUCGUUUCAUCAAAAGUUUUGCAUUCCAAGACUGUGAAUCUCUUAACGACAUCUCGAUGGCAACUAAUGGCAAUCUUCAAACUAUUGAAGGUGGUUGUUUUCAAAAUUGCAUCCGUCUUAAAGAGAUCAAACUUUCCCAAUAUGAAGAAAACUUUUCGUUCUACAAUGGUGCUCUAAUGAACUCCAAUCAGACUCAACUUAUUGCUUUCAUUCCAUACAGCGACAUAAAGAAUUUUGUUGUUCCUGCUGACACCGAGGUCAUUGGCAGUAAUGCAUUUAUGGGCAGCCCACGUCUUUUGCGUGUUUUCUUCAGUGGCAAUAAGAUUAAUAGAAUCAACUACCAAGCUUUCAAAAAUUGCCGAAGUUUGAGCCUUGUUUUCUUUGCAUCAUCUAAGAUUGAAGUAUCAUUUGGCAGCGACGUUUUCUCAGGUUGUAUCAAUCUUCGCAGUUGUGGCACAUUCUCAGCUCCACGAGCUGUAAAAGAGACACUUAUUUCACAAGGUAUUCCAAGUAUUGCAUUUAAUGAUGAUUGUGAUACAUCAGUCACGUGUAAAAUCCGCCAUGAAUUCAAGAUAUCAGCCACAUAUCUUACACCAUUCAUUUUAAUGUGA